GUGUCAGGCCCGUUUAUGGCGGACCGUGCCGCGCCGGCUCGUUUGGCCAGGACUGCCCAAGACAUCGGGAGACAUUCUCUACUAUCCAAGGGCCCUGACCCGGCCCAACCCCCGCAAGCCCGUAAGAUGAUUCCCCGCCUAUCGCUCCGCCUCGUGCCGCCGCCGCCGCCACCGCACGCCGGCACGACUGUCCUCCACCGUCUCCUUCGUGGCCUCUGCACAACGGAAGCGCCUCCCAAGACCCCUCCCUCCCCCCUCUCCCCGUCCGAGCUCGACACCAUCUCCGCGCUCAUCCCGCGGCUCAUCUCCGAGGGCCAGGUCCCCGCCGCCGGCCGUCUCCUCUCCGCGGCGCUCCUCCUGCCCGGCUCCCCGGAGCGCCUCCCCUUCCCCCCGCUCGCCGAGCACCUCGCCUCCCUGCCCACCCUCACCCCGGCCUUCGCCCUCCUCACCGCCCUCCGCCACCAUCCCAUCCGCCCCUCGCCGCUCCCGCUCGCCACCCCGCUCCUCGGCCACCUCCUCGCGAUGCGCCGCGCACGCGAGGCCGCCUCCGUGCUCCGCUGGCUCUGCCGCCCCGACUCCCCGCGCCGGCCGGACGACGCCACCUACGGCAUCGCCGUCGCGGGGUUCUGCAGGCUCGAGGACCCCAAGAGCGCGCUCGUCGCCCUCGGCGAGAUGGCCUCCGACGGGGUGCGGCCCACGCAGGAGCUGCAGGAGGCGGUGCGGGACGCAAUGCUGCAGGACGCGAGGAUCGAGGAGGCGUGGGCGCUGGAGGAGGCCAUGCGGCUGCCGGAGUCCAAGAAGACGGUGGAGAUGGUCGACAAGCUUCUUGGAGCGUGGGAAGACUGACUGGCUGACUGACUACUGAGCCAUUUGUGUGCUUCGCCGCUUUGGAUCAUGCAAAAGGCAGUGUUAUGCAGCCUGCAACCUCUCCUUCCGAAUAAGCUAUCGUGAGGUCUGAGGGUAAGAGCAACGUGCAACAAGUCAGUCAAUGGAAGAACUGACAGCGCCGAAGACGAGCUGAAUGAAAGAUGACGGGUUUGCUGCUCUGUUUGAAAUUUGGCUAUGUAAACGUCUCACGUUGUAAGUUGUGAUGUAUAUGUCCACGUUAGUGAUAAUUAUGGUUCCAUGAGCAAUGUCAUACUGUUCUAUGGUGAGAUUGGUUGCUUGUGAGUUUCUGUUUACAUCAUUCCCUAUGCUUUGCUUCUUUUGAACUGGCAAUCUGAUUGUAAGCCAUCUCACACUUGAGCCAAUGCAAAAAAUGGCUCCCAUAUUGGUCCUCCA